GCUAUCGAUAAGCACGUGAUUCGGCGCCCCUCGGUAGCCAGCAGCUCUAUGCGCCGACCGUGGUGUGAGAUCGACAGCUUUUGCCGUUUCUCUGACCACGGCACCCAAAACGGAUAGUCCUCACUUUUAAGAAGGCGACCACCUCGCUCCUGCCUUCCAUGGUCGCAUCAUAGCCUUCAUUCCCUCCUCAAUCCCGCAGGCGCUCCCACAAUGCCGCCUUUCCGCCCAUCAUGCCGCGCUUUUCGAGCUCUCGAGCUCCCUCAGAUCGGCGCAUCUAAGCGCGCACUGCAUCCGACCUUCUUUACAUCGAGACAGAGCGCCUUCGCGCGAAGAUGCAUGUCAGAUGGGGCCCCCAAACCAAAGCCAGAUCCAUUGGAGGAAUGGCGGAACCCCAAGCCCAGCAAAUGGCCAAACCGGAUACGACUGCUCAUGCUGCCCUUCAUUGGGGCCAUAGUAUACUCCAUGUGGACAGACACGUCCAUCUACGAAACCGAGCCGCCAUCCAUCGCCGAGAAAGACUCUAUACUGAAGCGCGAGAACGGCAUCAACGAGCAAUCGCCAAUGCGCCUGCGCAUGGAACAGUUCAUAAAACAACAUCAGAAAGAGAUUGUCGCUGAGCUCGAGAAGGUCGAUGGCAAAAAGUUCGUUGCAGAUUCAUGGCAGCGGCCAGAGGGCGGCGGAGGCAUAAGCUGCGUGCUGCAGGAUGGCAACGUCUUCGAAAAAGCCGGCGUAAACAUCUCAGUCGUGUACGGACGUCUCCCCAAACCAGCCAUCGCAAAGAUGCGCGCGAACCACAAGGCCCUCGACCCAACCGUUGAGUCCCUCGAGUUCUUCGCCAGCGGCCUAAGCAUGGUCCUGCACCCGAAAAACCCCAACGCGCCCACCGUGCACCUCAACUACCGCUACUUCGAGACGGCCGACGACCACGGCAACACCAACGCGUGGUGGUACGGCGGCGGGUGCGACCUCACGCCGUCGUACCUCUACGACGAAGACGCGAUCCAUUUCCACGGCACCAUCAAGGCGGCCUGCGACAAGCACGACAAGAGCUACUACCCGCGCUUCAAGAAGUGGUGCGACGAGUACUUCAACAACAAGCACCGCGGCGAGACGCGCGGCGUCGGCGGCAUCUUCUUCGACGACCUCGACGAGACGGAGAAGGACCAGGAGCAGCUUUUCUCCUUCGUGCAGGACUGCUUGGGCGCCUUCUUGCCGAGCUAUAUCCCCAUCAUCAAUAAGAGGAAGGACAUGCCGUUUACUGAGGAGCAGAAGCGGUGGCAGCAACUCAGGAGAGGGCGCUAUGUCGAGUUCAACCUUGUGCAUGAUCGGGGAACGGCGUUUGGGCUGAAUACACCUGGCUCGCGGGUGGAGAGUAUCCUGAUGAGCUUGCCGCUUACGGCGAGGUGGCAGUACAUGCACGAGCCGGAGAAGGGGAGCAGGGAAGAGAGGCUGCUGGAGGUGCUGAAGAACCCGAGGGAGUGGGUGUGAGGGUGUAGGAAAAUGUA